AUGGCGCGAGUGGAUCUGGACGGCAACCCUAUUAAGCCCAUUACGAUCUGCAUGAUCGGUGCCGGUGGGUUCAUCGGCUCGCACCUCUGCGAGAAACUCAUGUCCGAAACCCCUCACACGGUUCUCGCCUUGGACGUCUACAACGACAAGAUCAAACACCUUCUCGAACCUGAUUCUCUACCUUGGGCCGGUCGCAUCACCUUCCACCGACUCAACAUCAAACACGAUUCUCGCCUCGAAGGUCUCAUCAAGAUGGCAGAUCUCACGAUUAAUCUAGCUGCGAUUUGCACUCCUGCCGAUUACAACACGCGCCCGCUCGACACCAUUUACAGCAAUUUCAUCGACGCGCUCCCCGUGGUGAAAUACUGUUCGGAGAAUAACAAGCGCCUUAUCCAUUUCUCCACUUGCGAAGUGUACGGGAAAACGAUUGGAGCCUUUCUCCCCAAAGAUAGUCCUCUUCGUAAGGAUCCGGCGUACUAUGUUCUUAAAGAAGAUGAGUCUCCCUGCAUUUUUGGUUCGAUUGAAAAGCAGAGGUGGUCUUAUGCCUGUGCUAAACAGCUGAUUGAGAGGCUGAUUUAUGCUGAGGGUGCUGAAAAUGGUUUGGAAUUCACAAUUGUCAGACCUUUUAAUUGGAUUGGACCUCGCAUGGAUUUCAUUCCUGGGAUUGAUGGUCCAAGUGAGGGUGUUCCUCGGGUUCUUGCAUGCUUUAGCAACAAUCUUCUCAGAGGAGAGCCCCUUAAGCUUGUGGACGGUGGCCAGUCUCAAAGAACCUUUGUUUAUAUUAAAGAUGCUAUUGAAGCUGUCUUGUUGAUGAUUGAAAACCCUGCCAGGGCUAAUGGUCAUAUAUUUAAUGUGGGUAACCCAAACAACGAGGUUACUGUUAGGCAGCUUGCUGAAAUAAUGAUUCAGGUUUACUCAAAGGUAAGUGGAGAAAAAACACCUGAAACACCUACCAUUGAUGUGAGCUCAAAAGAAUUUUACGGUGAGGGAUAUGAUGACAGUGACAAGAGAAUUCCUGACAUGACCAUAAUAAACAGGCAGCUUGGUUGGAAUCCUAAGACGUCCCUUUUUGACCUGCUUGAAUCCACUCUGACCUAUCAGCAUAGGACAUAUGCUGAAGCCAUCAAGAAAGUCAUUGCAAAACCCGUUGCCACUUAA